AUGGCAUCAAGAGGCUGCAAGCAUCCGGCAGACGCAUUUUGCUAUGUCUGCGGCCAAUUUAUCAAGACAAGAGCGAAAAAGUACUCUGUGGAAGCAUCUGCUAAGAUGUGUGAGGCCUACAAGGCAUAUUUCGGCAUGCCUGUCGGGGAUCAAGACAAACCCUGGGCACCUCAUUUCACCUGCGAGCACUGCAAAAAAACUCUGGAAGGAUGGUACAGAGGGGAAAAGAGAGCCAUGAAGUUCGCUAUCCCAAGAAUUUGGCAGGAACCCACUGACCACUCAAGCAACUGCUACUUCUGCAUGGUGGAGCCUUCCAAACGUCGAACUGGCAAGAAUGCACCUGCUAUCACGUAUCCAGACUUUCCUUCAUCCAUCACCCCGGUGCCACACUGCCAUGAGCUCCCCGUACCCACUCCUCCGGAGAGAGAGCAGUCCUUUUUAGAAGAGAGCAGCAAGUCAGAGAGCGAGGAAGACGUUGUAGAUCCAGAUGACAAUUUCAGAGGUGGAGCUGAGGAGAGAAACCCAUACUACCCCAACCAAAAAGACCUCAACGACUUGAUUAAAGAUCUUGGUCUCACCAAGUCCAAUGCCGAGCUUUUAACGUCUAGGCUCAAGCAGUGGAACUUGUUGGAUGAAAGUGUGCAAGUCGCAGAUCAGAGGAAGCAUCACCAACCUUUUUCCAGCUUCUUCACCCGUCAAGGUGGGCUCUGCUUCUGCCACAAUGUGACCAGUCUGUUCGAGGCAAUCGGAAUCGCCUGUAACCAGAAUGAGUGGCGCCUCUUCAUUGACAGCUCAUCCAGGAGCCUCAAAGACGUGCUGCUCCAUAAUGGUAACAAGUACCCGUCUCAUCCCCUGGCUCACUCGGUGCACCUCAAAGAGGAUUACAACAGCAUCAAGACCUUGCUGGACGCCUUGAAGUAUGAUGAGUACGGCUGGGAGGUCAUAGGAGACUUCAAAAUGGUGGCAUUCCUGAUGGGCGGUUUUACCAAGUUUCCCAGCAGGAACACCAAGGCGCACUACCACAGGCGGGACUGGCCACAGCGGACCGAGUUCUCUGUGGGGAGGAAGUGUGGACCCCCGGAAGGUGCUGAUGCCACCACUGCACAUCAAAUUGGGCCUUAUGAAACAAUUUGUCAGAGCUCUAGAUAA